ACAAGAAUGGCGGCUCUUUUGGAAUGUGUUCUGUCGCGGAAAGUGGACAUUACCAAGGUCGUAGGCUGGUUGAAGAAUGUUGAGGAGAGCGACAGUGACUCGGAGUUCCCUGUGCACAGACGUGAAUUUGUUCCUUUCCUUUUAAAUUUUCUGAGGGAGCAGAGCAGUCACGCGCUUCCACACGGGCCUGCCACCCCAGCUAAGACCCCCAGUCAUCCCAGACCCGCUGCUCGGGGUCCAGGUGGUUUCUCGGCGAAGAUGACGUGCAGACCUGCAGGCAGUGCCAGCCGUGUGCAGCUGUUUUCUCCUGCCUCGUCUCCGUCACCUGCAAAUGAGUUGGAUGCUGCUGGUCGCUCAGGUCUGAGCGGGGUGGGUGCCUUCAGCAGCCCCUCCUUCUCUACGGCGUGGAGUCCUGCCUCCAGGCCGUCGGGCUCUGACCGCCGACACAGCCACAAGGUCUAUCUUGGAGACUACAUGGUAUCUCCUCCAGAUGUGCAGCACAGCCCCACUUUCCAGUCGCACAAGGGGCGCAAGAAGAGUGGCGGCAGCUCAGCCGUGGGGGGACAAAUCCGACGUGGAGGAGGACGUGGAGACUCUAGCAGUGAGGAUACUGGGCGAUGGGAUUCUGGAGGGAAGAGGUCAGGCAGAGGAGGAGGGUAUAACAGGACAAGUGAGCAGCUUUCCCCUCCAUCUUUAGGUCAGCUCAAUUUCAGCAACAUGGAGGACUUUCCUCCUGUUGGAUCCUCACCUGUUUCCUCUGCGAUAUCCAAGCCAUCAAGAAGAAUAAACCCAACACCGGUCAGUGGGGAUCGGCCACACUCCAAACCAAAGACAUGUUUCACGUCCACCCCGUUCCACAAGACUUCAAGCCCUGCGUCAAGAGCAGAGACACCGGAUGGACUGGUGACUGCAGGGAGUCACAUGAGCCUUAAAGAAGAAAGGGAAUUACUUAAAAAAGAGAAAACAAAGCGAGCCCAGAACGUCACCUCUCCUUUGCCGUCUGCUUUGGAUCCCUGCACCCCCACCAAAACAGGAGGCAGAACAGGCUCUAACGUUGCACCAGACAUGCAAACAACUUCUCCUGAACUAUCCAAAGUCACAUUCUUGUCAGAACUGGAGCUUUUAGUGGAAGUGUACAGUACGUGCAUUUCUGAAAACUUGGUGCCAAAUAUUUUUUUGGAGCUUUUCUUUGUGAUGCAGUUGCUGACUUCUCGGUCGUCUCAUGCACACUGUGAUGAAGAGGAGGGAGGGUUGUGUGGAGUCAGUUCAGAUGUUCUAGAAAGAUGUUACCUGAGACAAACACACAACUGUGUCUUUUUUGCAGUGAAGGUUCUGGAGAAUCAGUUUCACUGUCAGCUGAGUCAGCACCUCCAAGACCGUCUGUGUCAACAACUCCUCCAGCUGGAAGAGGUUUCCAUACUCGGCCCUUCUGCUUCCAUCGGGGAUGGAGGGGAGGAGGAGGAAGAUGGAGACAUGGAGCAGCAGGAUGAGAAGCAGCGGUUUUCCUCAGUGCUGCUCCUGGCUCGUCUUCUAGCAAAGUUCCUGGGAUUCAUUUCCUUUUUCCCUUACCAAACCACUGAGAGACCAUCCAGAGAGAUCCACGAGACGUGUUUAGCUCUGCGCAGCAAGAGAGCUCAGGUUCUUGAUGUGUGCGCUGUGCUGAGUAACAGUGUGAGGAGGAAGCGGACCAUCUUGACCGUGCCCUGGUUGGUGGAGUUCCUCUCCAUGUUGGACUUCAUUGGCCCUCUGCUUCUCUGCUACAGGAACGCUUUGGGUGCGCUGCUACUGCUGUACAGAUUGCUGGCAUCGCUAACUGUAGCGGCCUGGGCCGCUGCCUCUGACACAGGAGAUGACUCGGCACAGGUCGAGGAGCAGGCCGCAGCUGGCUGCCUGUAUAAAGUCCUUGAAGAACUCUUGGUGACCAGGAAAAGAAGGAGGAGGACAUGGUCCAACAACUCCUUGAGGCUGAACGAGACGUUCUUCCAGACGCUUGAGACGACCCAGGCAAUCAGCUCCCAGCAUGCCGAGCAGGUCAGCAUCAGCCAUGAGUUUCGUAAGCUCCUCGCUGCUUUUGUGUCUGGCAGCACAGCCAGGAGUGGAGGAAUUAUCCGCAAGAUUACGCCCACUUCUGCUGAGCUCAAGGGCACGCCGGCUGCAAACAGACUGCAGCAGAAACUGCAGGUGGAUCUGGAGCAAGCCUUCUUUCACAAUCAGCCUCCAUCGUUGCGCCGCACGGUGGAGUUUGUGGCCGAGAGGGUUGGAUCCAACGCUGUCAAACACAUGAAAGCUACGUUGGUGCAAGAGUUGGUAGACCAAGGAGAGAAGAUGCUCAGAGAUGGACUGGAGUUUCCAAACUCAAAUUCUUCAAAGUUGAACGAGUCCAUCUGUGCUCAGCUGUGUGACGCUGGUCUGGAGGCCUUGGUCAAAGCCACUAGGUACUGCAAUGAGAAGAGUCCUGAAGCCAUACGUGUACUGCUCGCUGAUGAGACCACAUCGAUGGUCUUGACAACGUCUGAAAACAUCACCAAACGUCUUGCUGCUGAAAAAGCGUGCAGCUGGCUUUCUGCCAACAUUGCAGCUCUGGUAAGACGAGAGUGGAAGAGCCGGUACGAUCGUGUGAUGAAGGUUACUGGGAGCCCUGGAGCUGCAGACCCUGUGGACGGUGAUGUGGCUGAACUGGUGAAUCCUGACGAGUCAACAACUCCCAAGAAAAAACAAGGAAAUGAACGAGUGCUGGACUGUCCUGCUCUCUGUCAGCACCGUUGUUCACGACCCUCAGACAUCCUCAUUGAGAUUAAGGAGUUGCUGAGCAUCGCUGUGGGCCCCAGGACCGACGAGGAGCUGCCGACUGCCCCCCAGCUCAAGAGUCUGCUACAGAGAGCCCGAGACACGCUGGCGUGCAAAAAGGUACACAGCUGUACUGCCCAAACAUCUGUCUGUGAUGCAUUGCUCAAACAUCUGUCUGUGAUGUACUGCUCAAACAUCUUGUCUGGAGAGCUGCCGGUGCGAUCCUUGUGUUGUGGCGAACACGCCGGGGUUCUUGUCCGUCCCAGCUCCGGGUCAGAACCUGCCAUGUGUGAACUGCUGGAGCAGCUCGCCGAGCUGUGGGGGAGAAGCUGUUGUUUGUCCGCCCCCCUCCAUCAGCUCUUCAGCCCUCUCACCAUCACUGCUGUGCUGAAGGCGAGCAACACGGAGAAGACAAACUACUUGUUCCUGGUCCGAAGGCUGGUGGACGAAGGUCUUCUGAGUGAGGACGACGUCCUGUCUCAGUGGAAGAAACUAACGCACCUGGCGUUGCCAGCGCUGAUCCAGAGCUUCCAGCUGCGCUCAAACAGCAUGAAAGUCCACUCGCCUCCUGCCGACAUGCUGAGGUGCUUGGACACGCUGUAGGUCUGACUUCUGACAGCAGAGGGCGCCACACGACCACCGAGCAACCCUCCAACAUCCUGUUUGCUCUGCGCAGUGUCUCAUUGAGGAGGCACCUCCUUUUCUACGGUGCACCCAAACUUGGAUCCAUCCAGUACGUUUACCUGCAACACGGUUUCAGAUCAGCUUGUUGACGUCUUCAUCUCCGCUCAUCAUCUGAAGUGAAGAACUGAAAGCCCUGGACCACCUCGUCUCUCACCUGACGGGAAGGGUUCUCUGUGAACGAGCAGAUUGUGUGUUUUAAGAGUUUACACUAAAACAUCAACCUCAUGGAGACGAGUGACACAAAUGAUUGUCUGUUAUACUUUCA